UUCUGAAGACUAUAAAAUAAAUCUCAGAAUACAACUCUGAUGCAUCAUUCCUCACAUCUUCAUCUACCAUCUAUUAUCUACUCCAUCUAUUCGAAAUACUUUUUGACAGAAGAAUCUUUGCAAACAAUAACAAAGACAAUAUACAAGAAGUCUUCUUGCUACGCCCAAGCACGACUAUCUCCUUUUCAAAGACUCGAGUCAACUACUGUACUUUCGCUUAUUUCUCUCGGGUUAUCUCCUUCAAACGGCUUAUACUCAAACAACUCUGUUUUUCUCCUGCCUUUCCAAAUUAGCAGUCAUGUCUGGUUCUAUCUAUGGCCGCUCUCUUUGCGGAUGUGCAUACCUGUCCUCGCGUGGCCUGGAAUAUCUUCCUCAGGUGGACCUCAAUGUCCAUUCCACUAUCUUGUCUUCCACUUGCAGGACUACUCUGACGCAGACCUUUAUCAAUCCAUCGAAACAUGAAGCUAUCGAGAACGUUUCGUACAUGUUUCCCCUGUAUGAUGGUGUCAGCGUGGUAGCUUUCAGCUGUCACGUCGGAGACCGAGUUCUUCAUGGCCUGGUGAAAGAGAGACAGCAAGCCAGUGCUGAAUACAAUCAAGCCGUUGAAUCAGGCCAGACUGCCGGUUUGCUUGAGCAGAUGACUGACGCCUCCGAUGUCUUCCGGACAAAGCUCGGCAAUAUCCCCGCCGACAGCAAAGUGGUAGUGGCCAUCACUUACGUAGGAGAGCUUCGACAGGAUGGACAGACUAAUGGUGUCCGGUUCACCAUUCCCAGUGUCAUUGCUCCUCGAUACGGAAAUGUCCGAGACGAUCAGGGUGCCCAAUCGAGCACUUGGUCUGGUCUAGUUCAGCGUGGUGGACUUACGAUCACUGUGGACGUGAUGAUGGAAAAGGGAUCUGUGAUCCGAGGGCUUCAAUCCACGAGCCAUCCACUGGCCAUAAGUCUAGGCCGGACCUCUCGCAGCCCGGAUUCUGUCUUCGAGCCACACCAGGCGUCAGCUACCUUGUCUCUCCGUAAAGGCCAGGUCCUUUUAGAAAGAGACUUCGUCAUGGUCGUCAAUGCAGAAGGUCAGGAUCAACCUGUGGCCUUUCUGGAGACGCAUCCAUCUAUUCCCAACCAAAGAGCACUGAUGACAUCUCUUGUGCCCAAGUUCGGUCUCCCGGACAACACUCCGGAGAUAGUCUUCGUCAUCGACAGAAGCGGUAGCAUGGCUUCAAACAUACCUACCCUGCAGUCUGCGUUGAGGGUCUUCUUGAAGUCCUUGCCCGUUGGCGUCAUGUUCAAUAUCUGCUCAUUCGGCAGUUCGUAUUCUUUCAUGUGGCAACGCAGCAAGGAUGUCGAUGCUGCUUGCCUGGAGGCAGCUCUCGACUACGUGAACACAAUCGCAAGUAACAUGGGAGGCACAGAGAUGUACCAAGCUGUAGAUGCGACGCUGAAAAACCGAUUCAAGGACAGGGAGUUAGAGGUACUUCUCCUGACCGACGGCGACAUCUGGGAGCAGAAUAGUCUCUUUUCUCUCAUCAAUGAGGCAUCUAAAGAGAACACUGUUCGCUUUUUCUCUCUUGGAAUCGGAAGCGGUGCAUCAUCUUCCCUAGUCGAGGGCAUUGCACGUGCAGGAAACGGUUUUUCUCAGUUUGUUCUCGAGGACGAAGAGCUUGAUAAAAAGGUUAUCCGCAUGCUCAAGGGAGCCUUGUCUCCUCACAUCAACGACUUGUCACUCGAAGUUGAGUAUGCUGCCGUCGACAGUGAUGAUGACUUCGAGAUGGUCGAUGCAGCAAAUACAAUCCCCAUGGUCGAGUCCACGGAAUCUACAAAUGAACACUCGAAGGGCGAGAAAGCGAUGAAGAAAACCACCGAGCCGAUAUCCCUUUUCGACAAUUCUUAUCAAGAACCAGAAUUGAAGACGGGAAACGGCAAAAUACCCGUCACAGACCGUUUCAAGGACCUUCCUACUAUUCCAGUGCCGAAUAUACUCCAAGCUCCCGGGAAGGUCCCUUCGUUGUUCCCUUUCAUCAGGUCGAAUAUCUAUAUCAUAUUUUCGCCAGAAACAGCAGGCAAGACCCCCAAGGACCUCAUUUUUCGGGGAACUUCGAAACAUGGGUCUUUGUCAUUGAGAAUCCCCAUACAGGACGCCGGGAUCGGAGAGACUGUCCACCAACUGGCUGCUAAGAGAGCAGUGUUGGAAUUGGAAGAAGGACGUGGCUGGCUGCUCAAUGCCAAAACCGCAGAUGGGAAUUUGGUGAAGGACAUGUGUGACAGCAAGUGGGAGAAUAUCGUCGCUCGCGAAUGUGUCCGUCUGGGAACGAAGUUCCAGAUAGCCGGACGAUGGUGUUCUUUCGUGGCUCUGCAGAAUGAUAACUCCAUGAAUACGCCAGUCUCGCAAUGCCAAAUUUCUUCGACAGAGCAUGCUAAUGCGUCAACUGCUUUUGGAACACGCGGUGGAGGCUCAGGACGCUUUCUUCAUGGAGGCCGUGGAGGUGGGAUUCCUCAAGGACAGCAACAUGUGCAAAUGGCACAACAGGCGACUCUCCGUCCUCUCGCAAGAGGCACUUACGUUCCUCCGCAUGGUCGGGCGGAUUUCUGUUCAUUUGGAAAUAAUGCUCCCCAGUUUGGUUGCCCAUCCAAUUCAGGUGGCUUCUUCGGUUCUACUUCUCAGUCUCCGUCACCUCGCAUUUCGUCUUUGUUCGGUGGCUCUCCUCAAACAUCACAACCCUCUCCCGCAACAAGAUUCCCUCCAAGCCAAGGUGUUUCCUUUUUUGGUUCCUCGAAUCUAUCAAGAAGCCCCUUCGCUUCUCCACCCAAUCUAAACACAAACAACCCUUUAUCCCCUUCUGGUCAGUCACUGUUCCCCGUGGGCGCACUACUUCAUGAUCGCUCAGGGAGAGGAAUUGUGCCACAGACCGCUUAUAGGACUGCAAGGCCCCGAUGUGUUGUACGCUCUUGUGAUGUCUCGCCAUCGGCGCCUUCAGCCCCUGGAGACACGGACAAAGUCCAUCAGAUCAUUGGCCUGCAGGCAUUCGAAGGAUCCUGGGACUGGACCACUCAACUCCUUCAGAUACUCGGUAUAGACCAUGCAAAGGUUGAGCCUAAGCUCGAGGAAGAGCUGAAUGCUGCUUCUGAGAAGUAUGGACUUGGAAACCACGAAGAUCCUUUUUUCGAUAAUACCAUAUCCAGACUCCUGGCCACAUUGCUGGUCAGGACAUUCUUGGAAGAGAAAGCAUCUGACAGGAAAGAAAUAUGGGAACUUGUCGACAAGAAAGCAGCGAAAUGGUUGGAACAGACGCUUCAGAGUAUGGGUCCUGAUGCAGCGCCUUUCAGAGAUUUGAAAGACGUCAUUUCCUGUCUGCUCUGAAUGAGAUUACACCAGAUUGUAUCAAUGUAAAUGGGUGGGUAAGAAAGAGACAACAUAGAAGGUACGACAAAUUAGUCCAUUAAUCCGCAUGUGCUGCGCUGUCAGGGUCGCUCAAAUUGAUCAUAAUUCUUAGAU